GUCGGCGAUCGUCAGACGACUCGUAUCGUCAUCGACAUAGAAAAUUAAAAGAGAACAAUUUAUAAUUUCUAAGCUACAGUCUGCAGUGCAAUCAGGGUUUGGGUGUUUCAGUGUGUGCAAGGUUGUUUCGUGACAUCGCGUACCUCUUUUAAUAUUACGGCAAUUGGUAUUGUAUAGAGCUGGAUAUUUCCAAUGGAUAAAUUAUCGAGUGACAACUUGAAUUCAAGCAUGAACGGCUACUCAGAAAAUAUAUCCACCAACUUGGAAAAUAGCAGAAACUCGCUUCGCCGAAUAGCUCGCCAUGACGACACCGAGUUCUCCCAUCAGAGCAUCCUGAAUGUGAUGGAGAAAUUCGUGAAAACCGUCAACAAGAUGGAUGAGACGAUUUUAGUGCCUUGUCGACUGAUGGAUCAAAAAGUGGGCGACGAACAAGAUCCGGCCUGUCAAAAUCCAAAAACGAAGAGUUCCCAUUCGGUUCAUCAGCUCCUCAGCUCUACGGAUCUCUUCGAAAUCUACAGCAUGCUGAACAACGUCAAGGACGGUCUUCUAUGGGGCCAGACGCAGGAAACAGCUAAAGCCAGUACCAUAACCCCAAUCACCAAAGGCCACAAUCGCAGACCCUCUUCAGUGAGCGUCACUUCAACGAAUUCAUCCACAUCCACUUUGAGUGAUACAGAUUCGGAAUCGGGCAGCAAUGAGAUCGACUCUGGAAUCGAUGAUACCGCCCAGGAGGAAGGAAAAGUGGAAAGGGUCGCCGAAAAUUUUGGAAGACAUCUGAUUGGGCUAACAACAUCUCUCCGUCAGAUGACAGAGGCUGCACAGUACCUGACCUGGCGCUACCAGUACGACAUUGGGGGCCCAGUCUAAUAGUUGAACGUUUGGUUAACCAAAUAGGUCGUUAGACUGACGUUUUAUAUUAAAUAUAUUUUUAGUUAAAGGGUGCGGAGGACGGGGCAUCUUUCUGAUUGAAAGUUUUGACCCAUCUUGACACAAAAAGAGACAAAUAGUGCCGGAUUGAUUCGAUGUUCUAUGAUUAUUUCGAAUCUGGCAUCUUUGUACUAAUUGGGAAAAUGGUAUUCAUGAUAAUAUUGUCACUUAUAUAUUGUCAUUCUGAAUUGAAGUGGUAGUUUAGAAAAAAGGUCUCGAGGGCAAACGAACAUAGUUUACUGAUUUAAUUAUCAGUCAAAAAUAAUGUUGAGACAAUAGGAAAAUCACAGGUCUUCUGUUGUUUCAUCCAAUGUUAAUAUCCAAUUCAGUACUAGAAAAAUUUGCCAUUGAUUUGAGUUCAACACAUUAUAUAGAAUUUUUAGAGAAAACAGUUUUGAAACUAAAUUAAUGAUCUCACAUUUUUCUGAUACUAACGUUUAGUUUGAAUGCCUAAUGGAAGAACAGACAAAAGACUCUAUUUUUAUUUUAUUUUUUUCACUUUUUCUGCUGUUCAGGAACCGUCAACCACAAAUGAAAGCUCAGAAAUAUGUACUGUGGGUGAUAUUUUUCAAUUCAAUCUCAUUUUCCCAAGUUGAAUCUCACUUGAAUGAUUAUCUCAACCAUACUUUUGCAGCUGAAUGAACUUAUCUGAUGGAAAUACUAAUUCCAUUUUCUUCAGAGGUCUUAGAUUUUCCUGCAACUAUCAUCAAAGAAAUUUUUCAAAUAGUACAUUCUGCUGCUCCGCAUCUGUUUGAAAAUCUGUUAAAAUCUGAUAUAAAAUAUUAUCUAAUGAGUUGAAUAACUUCGUGGCGAAAUACAAAAAUGAAAUUCACAUGAGACACUUAUGUGAGAAUAUUAGUUUUGGUAAUAUCUUCAAAAAGUAUAAGGUAGGUAUUUAAUUUUUUUGUGUUAGGAAGGUUACAAGAUAACUCAGAAAGAUAAGUCACUCUUUGAUUUGAAAAGUGAUACCUAUUUAUAUACUAGAUUAUCUAUUUUUGCUCAUAAAUUUAUGAAAUUAUUUAUUUGAAAAUAUCAAGUAUUAUUAAUUCCUACACUUCUAUAUUGUUUUGGUUUAUGAAUAAAGAGGAAGCAAGAUUAUGA